AUGAUUGAAGCUGUGUGGAGGAAUAACCCAAUCGCUUCAGGAUUUAACGGAAACAAAAGAACGAUGUCAGUGAAUUUGAGCGCCAUUAUUGAUAAGUUGGUUGAAAGCGCACCGCCAGGUGAAUUGAAAAGCGUAAAGAAGAACUUGGAUAUUAUUGUUGCACACGAAAAUACAUCCAUUAUCAACAAAUCGCUUGAAAAGUACAUUGAGAACAACUUUGUUGUCCUCUCUGGCCAAUACAUUGCCGGUAAACUCAACAAGGAUGCCCAUUCGACCAAAUUUUGGGACUACAUUGGAAAGCAAAAGUUCAAUGUAGAUUCGAAAAAUGAAAGAGCUAUUGAUUUUGAGUCGGCAGAUCCUGAGGUGGAGUACCCUGAUUACUUCGAUGGUUUAGUGGAAAGAUUAGAGCUUUAUGGAAACAACCAUUAUCCUUCGAAUUAUGCCUUUACUAUCAUCCCACAUGUUGACAAAACUGUGGAGGUGGUCAUAAUUGGUGAAAAAGUCAACGUGGAAAACUACUUCAGUGGCCGCUGGCAAUCAGUAUACCGUGUCACGGUCAGUGGUGCAGUUACCGGCCAUGUCAAUUUAGAUAUACAUUACUAUGAAGACGGAAACGUUAGACUCAACUUCGAAGAGCCAAUAAAGGACGCUUUGAAUGACGUUUCCGCGUCAGGCAUAGUGAAUUUCAUCAAUAACUUCGAAAAUGAUUUGACUAUGAAAAUCGUCGAGCAAUUCAACACUUUGAACCAGAACUCUUUCAAAAAUCUUAGAAGAUUGCUACCAGUUACCAAAUCCAAGAUUAAUUGGGGAAAAGCUAUCGGAACAUACAGGUUGGGUUCCGACGUCGUAAACCAGUAG